AUGGCAGACUCUAAGAUGCCCGCCAUCUUCAGCAUGGCCGACUCUCCUGCCGAGAAGAAGACAUACAAGGGUAACUGCCACUGCGGCAACGUGAGAUUCACCGUCAGCAUGCCUGCUCUCGAGACACUGAAGCCCGUACGCUGCAGCUGCUCCGUCUGCGUGAAGAACGGCUAUCUGCUCGUCUACCCGAAGAUCGAAGAUGUCGUCUUCACCCACGGCAGCAUGGCUACGAUGUCCGAGUAUCGAACCGCGUCCAAGUCUCGCCCGCACAAGUUCUGCGGAAUCUGCGGGACGUCGGUGAUGAUCGAGCUGAAGGACGGAAACACCAAUCACUUGAGGGAGAAUGUCGCCGUUAACAUCCGGACGCUGGAGGACGUCGACGAAGUGUUGGACAAACUCGAGUUUACCGAAAUCGACGGGAACAGUUUUGGCGGGAACCUCCCCCGAACUUCCCUUUUCCUCUUUCGGCGCUGCGAGAAACGCGCAUUUACUACGUGGCUCCCUUUUUCUCCCUUCCUCUCCUCCGCAUCGCAUCGCAUCCUCACACCCACCCGCGUCGCCGUUACAGACAGUCAGAGGGCGCAUUCACCCUCUCGUCCUGCUUCUCGCACUCGCCCUUCCACGCGCCGCAACCCGCAGCUGCAGGCUAAGCAUUGCCCUGAUUAUGAUAGUCUCGUCGCGCGCCGCCGUCUGGGCAGGACGAACCUCGCCGUCGCCCCUGCGAAGAUCGGCUCUUCGAAUGCGACAAUGCCCUCGAACCUGGGGCCAUUCGAAUACGCGCACCUUAGAGCGCCGCUUCCCAGUGACCUGAAGGGCUCGGAGAUCUUUUCACAGAAACAUCAGCACAUGGACUCGUAUUUCCUGAUGCGACGAAGUCGUGAUGGCCAUAUAAGCGCGUCUGGAAUGUUUAAGAUCGCCUUCCCCUGGGCCAAGCACUCGGAAGAGCUGGAUGAGCGCGACUAUCUUCGAACGCGUCCUGAAACCAGCGAGGACGAGAUCGCAGGAAAUGUUUGGAUUUCGCCGGAAUUAGCUCUGGAGCUAGCGAAAGAAUAUGACAUGUUGGUGUGGGUUCGCGCGCUGUUAGACCCAACAGACAUCUCGGACCCUGCAGACAAUGCUCAGACGGCAGACGCAGAGAACGCGAUUCCAGAGCCUCCAAAGUUUGAUCUGCCACCACUUGAUGGGCCCCUUCUCGCUCCACCAGAGCCUGAGACUCGUGGCAGGGCCAGACGAUCCGCUUCCCCAUCCAAGUCUGCCUCAGGCAGGAAAAUGGCCAUUCCGCGAAAGUCACGACGAGCGCAGAAGGAGUCGAAUGCUAAUGCCGGCACAUCACUGCAAACUAGCCUGGAUGCCGCUGCUGCGUCGCCUAUUCCCGAGAAACCUGAGGAGGAAGAGGAAACUCGCGAGCUCAACGGCCACAAUGACGACGAAUCGGAGGAACAUGCUGUUAUGGUCAAGAGGCCCAAGGAGCGUGUAACCGUGGAGGUUGAGUCUAAAGUGGAUAACGAAGACGACGUCGAAACUACAACAACCAAUGUCUCUGUCAAGAUGCCCGUUGGCCUUGCUGACUUGCCUCUACCGGAAAAUACUGAAAAGAUGCUUGAGACUGCCAAGGAGAUGGUUGAAGAGGCUACGAAACUUCAAGCUGAGCAGAAUGAGGAGGGAGAGGAAGGAGAAGAAGAGGAAGAGCAAGCUGAAGCUCCACCUUCAACCAAGAAGGUAGCCUCUAAGAAGCGAAAGGCCGAAGAGCUAGUAGUGGAAGGCGAGGAAGAAGCUGCUGAAGACCCCCAUGCAAUGAAGCGGGCUAGAGUACUGGAAGACAAGCUCAGACGGGAGAGAGUACGGAACCGUGCUCUAUUCGGGGUCACUGCCACUCUUGCUAUGGCCGCCGCGAUUCCUUAUUUCUUUUAG